CCCACAAAAUGAACCACCUUUACUUUAUAUUUGUUCCCAAUUGGCUUUCGAAAGGUAAAGUUCGGAACUUUAGUAAUCCCACACUUCUUUGUGUUAGGACAAAAACCUUAUAAAACCAUAGUUUUGGUCCGAAAUUCUUUUUUCAGCUAUGGCAGAGCUAGAGAACCCAAAUGUGAUGCCAAAUCUCAUAACCUUUCUGUCUUCUCUUCUUCAAAAAGUGGCUGAAUCCAAUGAUGUAAACUGUGUGGUUGAGGCCCAGAAAAUUUCAGUGUUCCAUGGCCUAAGUCGGCCAACCAUCUCGAUUCAAAACUACCUCGACAGAAUUUACAAGUAUGCAAACUGCAGCCCCUCCUGUUUCAUUGUUGCAUAUGUUUAUCUCGAUCGGUUUUCUCAAAGACAACCAUCUUUUCCGAUCAAUUCCUUCAACGUUCAUCGGUUGCUUAUUACGAGUGUGAUGGUCGCUGCAAAGUUCAUGGACGACAUGUACUACAACAAUGCUUACUAUGCAAAAGUAGGAGGGAUCAACACAAUGGAAAUGAACUUCUUGGAAGUAGAUUUUCUAUUUGGAUUGGGUUUCAAGUUACAUGUAACCCCAAAUACCUUUCAUACUUACUACUCCUACCUGCAAAGAGAGAUGAUGCUGCAACAUCCUCAAAGUGUUGCAGAAUCCACUUUAAGCCUUGGAAGGUCACUGAAAGUACAGUUAUGUCUGAAUGAAGAAGAUUCCUCCCAUCAAAAGCAACAAUUAGCUGCUUAAGGUGUCUGAUUUAAUGUGUUAGUUCUGAAUUGUAGGUAGAUACAAAGAUAAUGAUAGUGACUUCACUUGUGUAGCCAUUCUGUGCUGGUAGAAUGAACCCAGCACAUUCUCUCUCUUUUCUCUCUUUUGGGUUGUUGUGGCUAAUUUGCUUUUAGUUUGGGGUUUAGGAUCAACGAUUGUUUAUGUAUUAUGUACAGAUGGGAGUUUCUUCUUUACAGUCUGGCUACCAAUGUCUCCCGUUUCUUUAGGUUCAUGAUUGUGGCUUUUAGUGCUGAGGAAUAUUCUGAUUCCAA